AUGUCAUUCUCUCAUGUUAUGAAGAGUUCUUUUAAGCCUCUUGUAGACUCGAGGUACUCUUUGAAAUCAUCUUCACAUCUUAUUAUUAGUUCCGCUAUUACUCGCUCUCCAGUUCUCUAUACACGUACGUUACCACCCACCACCUUACUAGUUCGCGAAAUUCUCACAACCUCCAAAACAAAACCAGCAACAAGCGGUACAAAACUUCGCAACUUAUUUCUUGGAACAACAGGAAUUUUACUAGGGGCAUUUUUUCUCGAAUAUUACUCUGAUUCACGGGCCGCGAUACAUAAAUAUGUGUUAAUGCCUAUAAUUCAUUCGACUUUAGACGCGGAGCAGGCGCAUAAAUUGGCGGUGUGGAGUGCGAAAUGGGGGUUAAUUGCUCGAGAUAAAGUGUCCGAUGACGAACGAUUAGCAAUUGAGGUUUGGGGUAAGAAAAUAUCAAAUCCGGUAGGACUAGCCGCCGGGUUUGAUAAGAAUGGUGAAGCUGUCGAUGGUAUGUUUGAUUUGGGAUUUGGCUAUGUGGAAAUUGGAAGUAUAACGCCGGAACCUCAGCCCGGAAAUCCUAAACCUCGCGUUUUUCGCCUAGAUCCUGACAGAGCAAUAAUAAAUCGAUAUGGCUUUAACUCUGACGGUCACUACCAAGUAUCAACUCGCCUUAAUCAGCGAAUCUGUCGAUAUCUUCACAACUCCGUUAAAUUACGUCCCGAGGAAACUGCAAUUCUAUUGUCGACUUCUAGUGAUGGAUUCGCUUCUUUAUCAGAUGCAUUAGGUACAAAUCGGAGUCUUCGAAAGGACCGAUUACUAGGAAUUAAUCUCGGUAAAAAUAAAACAAGUCCAUCGGAUUCUGUGGAUGAUUAUGUGAAGGGGAUUAAGAGGUUAGGUAAAUUUGCGGACGUGUUGGUGGUGAAUAUUAGUAGUCCGAAUACUCCAGGAUUGCGAGGUUUACAACGUAUAGGGAUACUUGAAAGGUUACUGAAAGAAGUGAUUGAUGCUCGUAAUAGUUUAAAUGAUCCAAAACCUCCUCUUUUGGUCAAAAUUGCACCGGAUCUUUCAGAUGAAGAGUUGCAAGAUAUUGCACAUGCAGCAUUACAUAGUGGCGUUGAUGGACUAAUAGUCUCAAACACUACCAUUUCGAGACCAGAAAUACUUGACAGUGAUCCACCAUUAACAUCAGAAACUGGCGGCUUAUCAGGACCACCACUCAAACCAUUAGCAUUACACGCGCUACGCGAACUCUACAAGCACACACAAGGUAAGUUAACACUCAUAGGGUGCGGCGGCAUUACUGAUGCACAGGAUGCUCUAGAAUAUGCACGAGCUGGUGCAACACUUGUGCAGUUGUAUACUAGUUUUGGGUUCGAUGGUGUUGGCAAACCGAGAGAGAUCAAAGAUGGAAUUUUACGCGAAUUGAAGGGGAAACGCUGGGUGGAUGUUAUUGGGGAGGAUCGGAAAUAUGAAUGUAAAGAGCUAUGUCAAGCAUAA